ACUUUUUUCUUUUGCAAACUAUCACAUUCAACCAUGGAGCAGCUACUUCAGUGGGCUAUCAACAACACCGAUCAAGAACAACUUCGAAAGGAUGCAGAAGCUAUCAAGAGAGGAGAGUUGAAGCCUGAUCCUUCCAAGUUUGAUCCCAAGGUCAUAGAGGCCAUUCUCGGCAAAGACGACGCAACUCGUAUGAAGGAGGCUGUUGAUUGUAUUUCGGAUCCUAAAGAUACUGUUGAAAACAAGGUCAUUGCUCUUGAUAAUUUGGAAAUGUUGAUUGAAGGUAUCGACAACGCAAUGAACCUCGAAAACAUGAAGUUGUGGCCAGCCAUCAUCGCUCAAUUGAACAAUGAAAACGCAGAGAUCAGAAAAGGUGUUGCCUGGGUUUGCGGUACCGCGGUUCAGAAUAACCCUAAAGCACAGCAGGCGCUCUUGGAUAACAAUGGCUUGGAGCCUCUAUUGAACCUUUUGAGCAACAGUGCUGAAGACAAGGAAGUCAGAGCCAAGGCUCAAUAUGCAGUUUCUGGGUUGAUCAAGCAUUUCCCAGAGGGACUCGCUCAAUUUCAAGAAAAAGGUGGUUUCGACGCUUUGGCUGACAUUGUUAGGAACUCCCAAGGUAAGCUAAAAGCAUGUUCGUAGUAUGCAUAUGAUAGCGUACGAAGAUACUCAUGGUACUGUUUCUAUUCGC